UGUGUUGCUCGCGCCUUUCCUACAAGCGUGUGUUUCCAUUUCCCGUUACAUUGCCAUUGGCAGCGCUUUUAGCCCCAACUCUACAGCACACACUCUGUUUUCUACCGUCGUUCUUUCGGUAUAUCCAGCUAUGGAUAUGGAUGGUGCCAGUUCAGUGGUGCUGCAGGCCUUAACCCAAGCUACCAGUCAGGACACCGCUGUGCUGAAGCCUGCGGAGGAGCAGCUCCGACAGUGGGAGACUCAGCCAGGCUUCUACUCUGUCCUUCUGAACAUCUUAAAUAACCACAUGCUGGAUGUGAACGUUAGGUGGCUCGCUGUGCUGUACUUCAAAAAUGGCAUUGACAGAUACUGGAGGAGAGUAGCGCCUCAUGCUUUAUCAGAAGAGGAGAAGACCUCAUUGCGUGCUGGUCUCAUCACAAACUUCAAUGAACCAGUCAAUCAGAUAGCCACCCAGAUUGCAGUUCUGAUAGCCAAGGUGGCCCGUCUGGACUGCCCCAGGCAAUGGCCAGAGCUCAUCCCCAUUCUGCUUGAGUCUGUGAAGGGUCAGGACGGCCUGCGGCAGCACAGGGCGCUGCUAACCUUCCAUCAUGUCACCAAAACCCUAGCGUCCAAACGUCUGGCGCAGGACAGGCGGCUCUUUCAGGAUCUGGCGUCGGGCAUCUACAGCUUUGCGUGCUCCCUCUGGAGCCAUCACACCGACUGCUUCCUCCAGCAGAUCUAUGCCAGAGAAGAGGCCGCAGCGCUCGGCUCACUGGAGAGGACGCUGCUCUCUCUUAAAGUGCUUCGCAAGUUGACGGUCUUCGGAUUUCAAGAGCCACAGCAGAAUAUGGAAGUAAUGGGUUUCCUGAAUGCAGUGUUUGAGAGGCUAAAACAGUUCUUGGAAUGCUCUCGAAUGGUUGGUCCAGACAGCACAUGCAGAGAAAAGCUGGAGAAGAUGAUCAUAUUGUACACCAAAGUUUUGUUAGAUUUCCUGGAGUACCAUCCGUGCGCAUUCAUACCGCUAAUCCAGCGUUCCCUGGAGUUUGCCGUCAGCUACCUGUUCACACCAGCAGGGGAAGGAGUGACCUUCGAACGCUUUAUUGUUCAGUGCAUGAACCUGAUCAAGAUAAUCGUAAAGAAUGAUGCCUACAAACCUUCCAAGAACAUCGAUGACAGCAAACCAGAGAGUCUGGAAGCUCACAAGAUCAAGACAGCAUUCUUCACACACCCCACACUGACCGAGAUUGGACGCCGGCUCGUCUCACACUACUUCCUUCUCACAAAAGAAGAGCUGGCAAUGUGGGAAGAGGACCCCGAGAGCUUCGCUGUUGAAGAAACAGGUGGUGACUCUUGGAAAUACAGUCUACGGCCCUGUGCAGAAGUAUUGUUCCUGGAUAUCUUCCACAACUACAACCAGACACUGAUCCCGGUGCUCCUGGACAUGGUUCAGAAUCUCCAGGGCCUAACCAAUGUGGAAGACUCGGCUCAGUUGCUGAUGAAGGAUUCAGUAUACAAUGCAGUGGGACUGGCGGCUUAUGAGCUGUUUGACAACGUCGACUUUGACCAGUGGUUCAAGAAUCAGCUUCUUGGAGAGCUGCAAGUCAGCCAUCACAGAUACAAGUUGAUUCGCCGACGAGUCAUCUGGCUAAUAGGACAGUGGAUCUCUGUCAAGUUCAAAUCUGACCUUCGACCUCUACUCUAUGAGGUCAUCCUGAGCCUCAUGCAGGAUCCUGACUUGGUGGUGCGGAUUGAGACGGCUACAACCCUGAAGCUCACCGUUGACGACUUUGAGUUUCGGACAGAGCAAUUCCUCCCAUACCUGGAGUCUAUCUUCGGGCUGCUCUUCCAGUUGUUGCAGCAGGUGACAGAGUGCGACACUAAGAUGCAGGUGCUCCAUGUCAUCUCCUGUGUCAUUGAAAGAGUGAACAUCCAGAUCCGGCCAUACGUAGGCUGUCUGGUGCAGUACCUGCCGCUGCUCUGGAAGCAAUCCGAAGAGCACAACAUGCUUCGAUGUGCCAUCCUCACGACGCUCAUCCACCUGGUACAGGGCCUGGGGUCAGAGUGUAAGAACUUGUACUCGUUCCUCCUUCCUGUCAUCCAGCUAAGCACCGACGUGACACUGCCGCCACAUGUGUAUCUGCUGGAGGAUGGACUGGAGCUUUGGUUGGUGACUUUGGAGAACAGCCCAGCCAUCACCCCGGAGCUGCUCAGAAUUUUCCAGAACAUGUCAGCUUUGCUGGACUUGAGCUCCGAGAACCUGCGCACCUGCUUUCAGAUCGUUAAUGCCUACUUAUAUUUGUCUGCCACAGACUUUCUGCAGAACUAUGCAGAAUCUUUGUGUCGGUCUUUCUGCAAUCUGCUGAAAGACGUCACGAAUGAGGGACAGGUUCAAGUGCUCAAGGUGGUAGAGAUAGCUUUAAAGGUUAGCCCCGUACUGGGAGCCCACAUCUUCCAGCCCCUGCUGCCAGCUGUCUUCAGAGGCAUUGUGGACGGCGAGAGGUAUCCAGUGGUGAUGUCUACCUACCUAGGAAUCAUGGGCCGCAUCCUGCUCCAGAACUCCAGUUUCUUCUCUUCCCUGCUGACUCAAAUGGCCUCCGAGUGCAGCCAGAAGAUGGACCAGUUGUUGGGCAGUGUGAUCGAGAUGUGGGUUGACCGCAUGGACAACAUCACUCAACCAGAGAGGAGAAAGCUGUCCUCGCUGGCUCUGCUCUCCCUCCUCCCGUCUGACAACAGUGUGAUCCAGGACAAGUUCUGCGGCAUCAUCAACAUCUCCGUCGAGGCCCUGCACGAUGUGAUGACAGAAGAUACAGAAACGGCCACCUUCAAAGACUGCAUGCUGAUGAGCCAUUUUGAGGAGCCCAAGCUGAGUGAGGAUGAGGAGCCACCAACUGAGCAGGACAAGAGGAAGAAACUGUUGGCCCUGGAGGACCCGGUGCACAGCGUGUCUCUCCAGCAGUUUGUGUAUGAGAAGCUGAAGGCGCAGCAGGCCAUGAUGGGGGACCAGAGCUUCGGGGUCCUGAUGGAGACCGUGGACACAGAGCUUGUCAGGCAGCUCCAGGAGUUCCUCAAAGGCCUCUGAAUCACAUCUAGAAUCCUUUUCUACGUUUCACGAACACCCACCCACCCCUCAAUUUUCAAAAAUGUACUGCGUGUGGACUAAUUCCUGACCUCUAUCCAGGCUUUUGCCUUAUCUAUAUUCAGACCUAGCCUUGUCCAAUGUCCUCAGCUAACACGCCGUGUCCCUUUACAUCCUUUUUUAUCAAGGUGGGGCCUAUGUGGCUACUUGGAAAAUGUCAAAGUACCUCCACCCACACUGAAACAUCACCACACCAGAGCUUCCACUCAGUUGGUCUGUAGUUUUCUUCAAUUUCGGUGGUUUUGAGUUGGAAUGGGUAGAAUAUACGAUGGAUGGAAACAAACAUUUGGGGGUUUGAGGAGUAGACCGGAAAUAAUCACCUGCCGGUGCCAGAGCGGGAUGCUCGGACUAUUUUCUACGAAGAAACGUACAAAUUGUAGCAGAAAUGUGGAUAAAGUGUAACUAAAGGACCUAAA